UACCCCACUCUCUUUAGCAGCCAUACCCCUUUCCUUUUCUUCCAAAAUCAAACUUACCAACACCACACUUAGCAGCAGCCAAAAAUCCACAGAAAGAAAGAAAGAGAGGAGAGGGUGCGAAUCAGGAGGGAGGAGAAAUGGGGAGAGCGUGCCGGCGAGUUACUGCCGCUCGUCGAGCCGCCGUCGUCGCUGAUGAAGGAGGAGUGAGGAGAGUGUGUCACGGAGCAGGGGAAGUUCGCGCGAGUGAGGAGCGUCGCCACCGCCGUCGUGCUGUGCGCCGCCAGCUUCGCUGCACCUCGUCAUCACCAUCGCCGUCAGACCGCCGUGGAGUCGUUGCCGUCGAACCGGCGCUGCGAGCUGCUAUCGAGCCUCAAGCAGAAUCCGAUGCGAAGAGAGAGAGAGACAGAACAACGCGAGGAGAGAGAGAGAGAAGGUGUUGCGGGGGUUUCUGCCGCCGCUGCUCUCUCCGCCAUCGCCGCCGCCAGAGUCACGAGCUGAGGAUUAAGCUGCUGCAACUGUGGACUGUGAUGUGGUUGAUGCUCUGAAAGAAUCGUCGCUGCUGGGGUGACUGGAAUUACUACUGCCAGUUCUACCGUUGCUACCGAUGCUGUUGACUUGCCCCAAUUCAAGUUCAGUGUCACUGCCCUAGGUCUAGCCUGUCUCCUGACUCUGUUUCACUUUUAUACUCUGAACUGCCUUGGUCUCGUUUAUCUAUUUGUUACGAUUUUAAUUCCAUUUUAUUUUUGGUAUUGCCUUGAAUUUUUAGA